UUUGGAUUGCGCGCUCCUCUAAAAUUACCCAUAGUUCCCCUCAAUCAUACCGGUGAAAAAAAUGGCCGAAGAAGACGAAGAACAAUGGUUGUAUGGAGACACAGAGGAGGAUACUGCAGAGCCUCCAGCAGAAGUUGAGAAUGAAGUUUCUGGGAGUGCCUUGUCUGCCGAGGCUGAGCCGUUUGUCAGUCAGACUCCAGAGCCAGAUGUCCUACCUCCAGUUGUAUCCGAUGAUGGACCGCCUGGAGUGGAGGAUAGGGAGGAAGGAGAAAUGGAGGAUGAUGAUGUGGGGCGGGCUGAAGAACAUGAUAGUGAUGAAGACAGCGAUGAAGAUGAUGAUGAUGUGCAAGUCACAAUCGGUGACAUCAAGGCAGCCCCAGCCUAUGGCUCAUAUGGAGGCCAGCCUACACACAGUCUUAGCAAGACCUCUACAUAUCACAAGACGUCAGCUACAGCUCCUCAAGCACCAGUACCAACAGUUCCUAAGGUUCCAGCCAAGGGAGUGGACAUGGAGGUGGAAGGUACCAUUAACGGAGUAGGGGUGUACUCCUUUGAUCUGGACUCUGUCUUGGACAAGCCAUGGAGGAAACCAGGUGCUGAUUUGACCGACUAUUUCAAUUACAACUUUAAUGAGGAGACGUGGAAGAACUAUUGCAAUAAACAGCACAACUUCCGAGCUGAAGUUGGUGGGAAGAGCUACGUACAUGACUCUGUUAACUCCAAAGACAGCCAAAGUUCAUCAGCUAAACCAGAUGUAAAGCCCAGCCCAACACGGCAGACUUCCCGCAGUGAGUUCCCAAGCCCCAUUAACGUGAUCGGCUCAACAGCUACCAGACGGAGACCCAAUGAGGGCGAUCCGCAGUCAAUGCACAGUAUCCAGGUCGUUGGAAGUGACGCUAAAAUGACCAACAACUUUAGCAAGCCUAAUACAUCGGGACCGCCACCACCUUCAAGCCCAAACCAGCCCCCACCCAGCACCAACUAUGGCCCUCCCAACAUGCAGGGCCCACCGCCCAACAUGAGGGGUCCCACCCCCAUGCGACCCCCGGGGGGUAACAUGGGCCCCAGGCCCGGCGGGGGUCCACCACCCCCGAUGCAAAGACCUGGGGGACCCCCACUUCAGAGGCCUGGGGGUCCGCCCCGUGGGCCCCCCAUGGGGCCCGGGGGACCACCCAGGGGUCCCGGGGGACCACCCAGGGGUCCUGGGCCCAUGGGAGGACCCAUGGGGGGACCCCCAAGGAUGGGAGGUCCACCCCCGCAUGGAAGGAUGCCGCCACCUCACUCAGGCCCUCCACCACCCAGGAUGAACAUGCCUCAUCCCAAUAUGUCAGGUCCACCCCCGCAAAACUAUGGACCUCCUCCUCAACGCUUCAAUGGUCCCCCUCCCAGACAAAAUUUCCCUGGUCCCAGGGGUCCGCCACCGGGUCCUGGGGGCCCCAUGCCCCCUGGCGGACUCGGCCAGAACGGUCCCCGCCCUGGCGGCCCGCGCCCUGGCGGCCCACGCCCUGGUGGCCCGCCUAACAUGAACAUGCCCCCGCCCAACAUGAACAUGCCCCCACCCCAAGGGGGGAACUUCCCUCACCCCCAGGGUGGAAUGCCCCCACCCCAGCAAGGCGGCAUGCCUCCACAUUCCAUGGCUGGUUCCCUACCACCCCCUGCACAGAUGGGAGGCCCUGGGCCGAUGCAGGGCCCCGGGCCAGGAUCUCAGGGUAUGGACACCAGGAGACCGCCGCCCAACUUCAGUGACAGGCCGCCAUUUUAUAACGAGUCCCCGACCCAGAGCCAGUCAUUCAAUCCCCAAUUCAACACAGGGCCCCCUCCCCCUGGGCAGGGCCCCUCACCCACUGAUAUGUGGGACAGGGGGCCGGGUGUUGGGUCCACGCCCUUCUUCAGGGCACCGAGUCCCACUAGUGAGAGCGAUAUCAGCACGAGUAGCGAUGAGGAUGAUUAUCGUCACAAAGAAGUGCGGAGUUACCGUCGCGAAGAUUAUGACAGGAAAUCUCCAGAGCGAAGUCGGUCAGAUCGGGACCGGUCCCGGGAUCGUGACCAUGAGCGGGACAGGUCACACACCAGGGACAGAGACCGAGACAGAGACAGACACCGUGACAGAGACCGGGACAGAGACCGCGAGAGAGACCGAGACAGGGACCGGAGGCACCGGGACCGGGAGAAGGAACGGGAGCGGGAGCGGGACAGGGGACGAGACAGCCGGGAUGGCAAGGAAUCACGAAGACGACGACAUGACAGCGAAGAGUCCCACAGGAGCUCACGACAUCGACACAGCAAACGAUCGCGACGGGACCACGACGAGAAGGACUCGGACGGGAAGAAAGAUGAUGAACGAACGGAGGAUGCAACCAAAGAUGACGGCAACAGCUCAUUGGUUCCUGAAUAUUCAUCGGAUUAGAACGCCUCACUUCAAAUGUCAUAACAGCGGUAGGGAAUGCGGUGUAAAAAAACCCAGCUGGGCAACCUCGAUAUGCGCAUAAAAUAUAUUGUUUGUUCUAGUCUGAAAUCAGAUUCAGUAUUGAGCCUGUCAUUGGCUCAAUAGCCUUGGACUAGGUUUCAAACUGGUUUCAAAUCUGUGCAUUUUUUUUUUUUAUUUUGCACAACAAAAUGUGCAAGCCAAAUCGCUCAAGCAGAUGUGUAUGUACAAUGUACUACAACGUCAGUAUGUAGUCAAGUAUAUUUGAAUUAGUACAAGAACUGUUACAGAGGAAUGCAAAAUUAAACAAGGGGCAACGCAAGGUUUUACCCGAGGUACCCCACA